UUAUAAAUAAAGUACAUAUUUAAGUAUAAAAUUACCUGUACAAUAUUUCAUAGUUGUAAAUGCUUCAUAACAAACUGUUACAGUUUUUGUUUCUUAAUGCAAAGUAUGACAGGUCUAUUUGUAAAGGAUAUAAUGGAAGUUUUGGAUGGCUUAGAUUUAUCAGAUAUAAUUCAAAAAUCUCAACUCAUCAGCAAGAGUUAAUGAAAAGAGGCCUUCCGAAAAAAGCACCUAUUGAAGGAGUUAGAUACAUAAUUCUUGUUGCUUCUGGAAAAGGUGGUGUUGGAAAAUCGACUACUGCUGUGAACUUAGCAGCAGCAAUUUCAGUUGUUAAACAGACAGCAAAUGUAGGGAUACUUGAUGCAGAUAUAUAUGGGCCUUCUAUUCCUAAAAUGAUGGGUUUGUCAGGUGAACCAACUCUUAGUAGAGAGAACUUAAUGAUUCCUUUAAAUAAUUUUGGCAUCAAAUGCAUGUCAAUAGGAUUUUUGGUUGAUGAUAAGUCUGCUAUUGUUUGGCGAGGACCAAUGGUCAUGUCAGCUAUUCACAAAUUGACAAGAGAAGUAAAUUGGAGUCCACUUGAUUAUUUGAUAAUUGAUAUGCCACCAGGUACUGGAGACACUCAACUUUCUAUAUCACAAGAAGUUCAUGUAAAUGGAGCCAUUGUUGUUACAACACCACAAGAUAUUGCACUGCUUGAUGCAAGAAGGGGGGCAGAAAUGUUUCGCAAAGUUAAUAUACCGGUGUUAGGAUUUGUACAAAAUAUGAGCGUAUUUGUUUGUCCAAAUUGUUCUUCUACAACACAUAUAUUUGGUGACAAUGGUACUCAGAAGUUAGCUAGUGAAAUGGGUGUUGAUAUUUUAGGAGAUGUUCCAUUACAUUUGAGUGUUCGAGAAAGUUGCGAUCAAGGUAUUCCUAUUGUAUUUUCAAGACCUGAAUCACCUGAGAGUCGUGUUUACAAGGAAAUUGCCUUAAAGAUAGUUGCUGAGUUUCCAAUCUAAAUUGUGGAUUACAGUAUAUCUUGAGCCUAAAGAACUUUUUACGGCACUUUAUUAUAACGCUUUAGUCACAUAAAUUGUAUAUUAGCUUCAUAAAGUUUUAUAAAGGUAAUAUAAAACUAUGUAAAUACAAGUAUAAAAAUGA